CUCUACCGUGCAUGCACGACGUGGAAUCAUCAGGGAAAAGUCAUUAGUGUGACCGGCUUGGUAUUGCUCGAACGUCAUCUUCACACGGGACAUCCUGACGCAGCCAGCCUCGAUCUAGGUACAAAGGUUGCCGUUCAAUACUCCAGGCCGAAGACGACCAUGACCACAUCAUCACCUUCUUGACACAAUCACACUGGCACAAUAUGUUUCGACUCGUGCUGUGGACAUUGGUCGUCCCACUGGCAGCAGCACUAGACAGUGUCGCAGCUGAGACUGGCCCCUUGCGUCCCGGCAGCUCCUUCACCGACGCCGGGCGGCACGUCUACUUAGCCGCCGGCCAGAGCCCCAACGCGACAAGUGCCGUGUCUUUCGUCCGGACUUACAACAAUACGCUCGAGAGGUGGUCUUGGCGCGUCAGCAUCGCGGACAUUCCGAUUCCAAGUCCCAUUCAAGACCUCGGUCUGCCAUCGGCGAACUACUCCGCUGGCCAACACAUACGGAACACGCAGUACCAGCUGAGCUUUCCAACAAGCGGCCGCAAUGACAGCUUGCAGACGCUUCUCCGGGAACGCGACAUGUCACUAUACGUCAAUGCCUUCGCCGUCAAUGUCGAGAAGAGCGCCAUUAGCGGCUUCUCCAACGACGGUGACGGGUCAUGUGCGACGAUCUUAAGCGCCUCGUGCAUCCAGUCCAUCCAGGACGUGACUUUCGCGUCUGCGGGAAAGCAGUUCGACAUUUCCGCGCUCCAGAACUGCUCCAGCAUAUUCGCGCGCGGAUCCAGCGGGUCCGCGGCAUUUGGCGUCGCGCCCAUGAACUCGAGCUCUCCCGAUAGCAGCAGCGGCGAACUCUUUCCCGGCGGCGCGCUGUCCUAUUUCGAUUCCGAGUCCUACUCGUCGACUAACCGCACUGUACUGAACCAAGCGGAAGGCGCGCUGAACAUUCUUGUCCUGAAAUUUACCCCCCUCGCCCGCAGCGAAGGGCGAGGCGUGAACUCUGACCCGAGCAUUUUGUGCCAAGUGGUUGACAAGAGCAAAACCUCGGCGGCAAUUGGUCGUCCUAUGCCAUCGUCGGCCGUUUGGGCAGUGCUGGCGCUUGGUCUGCUUGCUUCAAUGAUUAUGGCCUGAUCUGAAUCGUGCCUUUACGUCGCCUUUGGCAAUACAACGGACAAACUUUUAUAGUAAUGCCUGACUCUGACGGAGGUCGCCCAUCACUUCGAUCGAGCUGUCAUUACCGUCGUAGGCGUCCCUGCUGUGGUAGCUCGAGAUGUCUGGAGUCUUGCCAAUCCACAUAGUAAGUUAGCUCAAAUAUUUACAAAAGGGUUCGAGUCUCAUAUUUGAGUUUGCGGUGUUUAUUAUCUUUCAGUGCGCUCAACGAUGAACACUAAUUAUACGGAUCAUAUUUGCAAAGCACAGGAAUAGCCUAAUUAUAUUGAGGCUCAAGAACGAAGAUGGACCAGAGCCAGUCGGAUUCGUCUCCUAGUACAGACCACCCCU